ACUCACCACGACACACCUGACACCCCCUGCCCUCGCCUCAAGAAGACUCGCCACGCCACCCCUGACCAGCCCUCAGCUCGCCACACCUCUGCUCACGAAGACUCACCACGACACACCUGACACCCCCUGCCCUCGCCUCAAGAAGACUCGCCACGCCACCCCUGACCAGACUCACCACGACACACCUGACACCCCCUGCCCUCGCCUCAAGAAGACUCGCCACGCCACCCCUGACCAACUCACCACGACACACCUGACACCCCCUGCCCUCGCCUCAAGAAGACUCGCCACGCCACCCCUGACCAGCCCUCAGCUCGCCACACCUCUGCUCACGAAGACUCACCACGACACACCUGACACCCCCUGCCCUCGCCUCAAGAAGACUCGCCACGCCACCCCUGACCAACUCGCCACGCCACCCCUGACCCCCCCUGCCCUUGCCUCACGAAGACUCGCCACGCCACCCCUGACCCCCCCUGCCCUUGCCUCACGAAGACUCGCCACGCCACCCCUGACCCCCCCUGCCCUUGCCUCACGAAGACUCGCCACGCCACCCCUGACCCCCCCUGCCCUUGCCUCACGAAGACUCGCCACGCCACCCCUGACCCCCCCUGCCCUUGCCUCACGAAGACUCGCCACGCCACCCCUGACCCCCCCUGCCCUUGCCUCACGAAGACUCGCCACGCCACCCCUGACCCCCCCUGCCCUUGCCUCACGAAGACUCGCCACGCCACCCCUGACCCCCCCUGCCCUUGCCUCACGAAGACUCGCCACGCCACCCCUGACCCCCCCUGCCCUUGCCUCACGAAGACUCGCCACGCCACCCCUGACCCCCCCUGCCCUUGCCUCACGAAGACUCGCCACGCCACCCCUGACCCCCCCUGCCCUUGCCUCACGAAGACUCGCCACGCCACCCCUGACCCCCCCUGCCCUUGCCUCACGAAGACUCGCCACGCCACCCCUGACCCCCCCUGCCCUUGCCUCACGAAGACUCGCCACGCCACCCCUGACCCCCCCUGCCCUUGCCUCACGAAGACUCGCCACGCCACCCCUGACCCCCCCUGCCCUUGCCUCACGAAGACUCGCCACGCCACCCCUGACCCCCCCUGCCCUUGCCUCACGAAGACUCGCCACGCCACCCCUGACCCCCCCUGCCCUUGCCUCACGAAGACUCGCCACGCCACCCCUGACCCCCCCUGCCCUUGCCUCACGAAGACUCGCCACGCCACCUCUGACCAACCCUCAACUCGCCACCCCUCAUCUCACAAACCCUCGCCACGCCACGCCUGACAACCACUUGCCUCUCCACACCUCCCGUCACAAAGACUCGCCACACCACCCCUGA